CUGAGUGACAGAGCAGCUCCCGCAGGGUGUCUUCACGCGUGUCCGGAGCCGUUCUCCUUACCGAGGAUUUUAUCACACCUUCCACUGGUUUGACACGUCUUAUGAUGCGAGUAUUUACUUGAUCUCGUCAACAGAUCGACUUUAUUUAUUUAUUAUUAUUAUUGUUAUUAUUUUGCGAGUGGAAGACUGUUGUUUUACUUAAAGCGCGACUGCAAUGCUCGACUCAGCAAAGAUGAGCAAGAACGGGAUGGUGACCAAAAUCCACACCAGAAUAAGAACCGAGCCGUUCACCGCCAAUUACGAGCUGGUCGGCAGAGAACUCGGCAGGGGAAAGUUUGCAGUGGUGAAGAAGUGCAUCGAGAAGGCAACAGGGAAGGAGCACGCUGCCAAGUUCCUGCGAAAGCGUCGGAAGGGCGAGGACUGUCGCAUGGACAUCAUAAAUGAGAUUGCUGUACUGGAGUCAGCCAAGGCGAACCCCUACGUGGUGGCGCUGCAUGAAGUCUAUGAGACCAGCUCUGAAAUCAUCCUUGUUCUAGAGUGCGCGGCGGGCGGAGAAAUCUUCAACCAGUGCGUCGCCGACAACGACGAGGCGUUCACGGAGAAGGACGUGAUCAGGCUGGCCAGGCAGAUCCUGACCGGUGUCUCCUGCCUUCACCGGAACAAUGUGGUCCAUCUGGAUCUAAAACCGCAAAACAUCUUGCUGACCAGCGCCAAACCUCUGGGCGACAUUCGUAUCGUGGACUUUGGCCUGUCCAGACGCAUGGACAAGGUCACAGAGGUCAGGGAGAUCGUGGGGACCCCGGAUUAUGUCGCUCCAGAGAUCCUGAACUAUGAGCCCCUCAGCACUGCGACGGACAUGUGGAGUAUCGGGGUCCUGACCUACGUCAUGCUGACCGGCGAGUCUCCGUUCCUCGGCGACGACAAGCAGGAGACGUUCCUCAACAUCUCCCAGGUCAACGUGGACUACUCGCAGGACGUCUUCGAGGGCGUCUCCUCGCUAGCCGUCGACUUCAUCAAGUCCCUGCUCCUCAAGAACCCCAGGAAGAGAGCCACAGCAGAAGAAUGCCUCAAGCACCCCUGGCUGAACUCGCUCCCCCAUCCUCACUCCCACCCGCACCCCCACCUCCACACAAGGCCGGCCUCCUCUCUGGACGAACCCGAGACGAGCCAGUCGGAGUCAGAGCCCGAGAGCCCCGCUCCCUCCCCCGAGCUGGACUUAAUCGACUCGUACCUCACGUACCCGGGCCAGGGCGAGCUGAAGACGGGCCGCGAUGCCUUCUCCUUCGGCGAGCCGCCCUUCCCCACACGACCCGAGAUACCGCAGGAGCUUAUCUGCUGAACGGCGUGAACCUGUGUGUGAGAAGAGAGACUGAAUGAACUUUGAUCCACAGAACGGACGCUGGGAGCCGGCUUUGUUUUGCCCCGAUGCAGAGCCAUGCUGUGUGGAUGCUGUGUGCGUGCUGUUUGCUGCUGCUGCUGUCACAGCUGUGAUGUGUGUGAGCUGAGCUGUGUGUAGUUUGAUGGCUCCGUGUGCGCUUGAAUGAUACCUGCCACCCCGUGCUGAUGGAUGCGGCUGCAUGGGAGGACUGUGACGGGAAUGAGUACAAAGGAAGGAGCAGAGGAAGGCCCAGGACUCCUGCCCACCCAGCGAGAGACGUGACCCUGGGCCGGGCUGCAUGUCAGCUGGUUUGUCCCAGCAUGCCCCUGGACUCGCUCUGGUUCCUGUCUUCGCCCAGAUCACCUUUUGAACUGGGCUGCAGAGGAGACGCAGUUUUCCUCCAGGGGAAAUGACUUCACUCAGUCAUGCUCUCAUCAGGACUCGUUUUGACUCAGCCUUGGGCUGACCCAGACUUGCCUUCUGUGAUGCCUUUUGUUAUGUUGGUGAUGAAGGAAGUAAAGGGUUUGGACAAAUGGUCGAAUGCGGCAAAAAGUAGUGGAGAGCGCCCACGCGGAGCCCAGAUGUAACUGUUCCACUGUUAGAUGUUUAUUUAUCUGUGUUUGUUAAGCCACUUCAGUUCCUUAACCCGACCACAUCAGAGCCACAUCAAUGCUCAAGUUUUAAAUAUACAUAGCGUUGUUGUUUUGACGACAAUCUCGAGCACUUUUUUUGUGUUAUUUGGACUUGUAAAGUAAUGUAAUAGCAAGAAACCAAAGGCUCAAAAAGCACAGCAAACGUCAAUAGACUCAGUCACACAAUACGUUGUACAUAUGAACCACUUUUCACCAUCAGCUGUUGUCACAUCACCCUUUUCCACAAAGUGCCACUUAGUCAACCAUAACUUUGUGUUGGUAUCUUAGCAUUUUUUUUUUUUUUUUUUGUAUUUUUACUUUGUUUGCUUUUGCACAAGUUGCACAAAUUUCUUGUACUUCUGUCAUCUUUGUGUGGUUGCCAUUUUGAACACGCCACUAUCGACUUCAUGCUCUUCAAAUGUUGUGGAAGGCUCAGGCUAACAAACAGGGAACGGGAGGGGCGGGAAAACAUCCGUGUAAUUCUGUCAUGAUAAUUUUAAUAAGGACGUUAUCAGCUGAAGUCUGUGACGCUGUGUGUCAAGCCUGGUUGGAUGUGUGAUGUUGCCUUCAGAUGCAAGGGAGCAGAGAAAUUACUCCUCGGAAAAAGAAUUUCUCAACAACAGAAACUGAACUGAAAUGUAUAUCAUGUAUUAUUGGUAAGAUUAAUCUGUAAAAAAUAUUGGCUAUUGUUUAUGUAUUUUUUUUUAUUACUGAAGUAUGAAUGUUAGAAAUCUCUUUUUGUACUUGUUUUGACUUUUUACUCAUGAAUCUCAUUCCUGUUUUUUUGUUGUUUUUUUUUCUCUGCUCAUGAAUUUCAGGCAGGUUUGCACUUGUCCAUGUGGACGUUACAUUAAAAUGAAUAAAUGAUGGCAUGCAUUGCAAAAUGUGUUAU